GAAAGGCAGUUUUCAGAGACGCAGACUGUUGGAUCUUGGCAAUUCUGAAUCUUUACACUGCAAACUCAAACUGCAAUGCGCUGGUGGGCUGCUUUUCUGCUGGCGCUGGUGAUAAGCUCAAGCCAAGCCAUCACAAGGAUCGCUCUGAGGAAGAUGCCCUCAGUGCGGGAGACCCUGCGCGUCAUGGGAGUGACGCCAGCGGAGGUCUUUGCGGAACUGCGCUUGAAGGAAGCCGUGAAUCCACACCCUAGCAACGGGACUACCCCGCUCACCAACUACUAUGAUACUCAGUAUUUCGGAGAGAUUAGUAUCGGCUCCCCGCCCCAGAUUUUCAACGUGGUAUUUGAUACCGGUUCCUCCAACCUGUGGGUGCCCUCCUACAGCUGCUCUCCCCUGUACACUGCCUGCUUUUCACACAACAGAUACGACUCCUCCAAGUCUAACACACACAUAGCGAACGGGACGGCUUUCUCUAUUCAGUACGGCUCUGGCAACGUCAGGGGCUUCCUCAGUCAAGACCUGGUGGUGGUGGGAGGUAUCCCUGUCAUCCAGGUGUUUGCUGAAGUUACGGCUCUACCAGCUCUGCCCUUCAUCUUUGCCAAGUUUGAUGGAGUUCUGGGGAUGGGAUACCCCAACUCGGCCAUUGACGGUAUCACCCCUGUUUUCGACCAGAUCCUGUCUCAGCACAGCCUCAAAGAGGAGGUCUUUUCAGUGUAUUAUAGCAGGGACCCCCACAAAAAGCCAGGUGGAGAGAUUGUGCUGGGGGGCACGGACCCCAACUAUUACACCGGAGAAUUCAACUACCUCAGCACCAGCAAGAAAGGAAAGUGGGAGAUCCAGAUGAAAGGGGUGUCAGUGGGCAUGGAGUUGUUGUUCUGUAAAGGAGGCUGCACGGCUGUGAUUGACACCGGCUCCUCCUACAUUACAGGCCCCGCCUCCUCUGUGUCAAUCCUAAUGAAAGCCAUUGGAGCGACUGAACUGGCAGAGGGAGAGUACACGGUAGACUGUGGCAGAGUGAAGUCCCUGCCCAGUAUCUUCUUCAGCUUCGGAGGCCAUGACUAUGAACUGACUGGAGAAGAUUACAUUCACUGGCAUUCCAAGUUUGGGGAGGACUUGUGUGUGGUGACUUUUUCAGGUCUGGACGUGCCCCCGCCCACUGGUCCCAUCUGGGUCCUUGGUGCCAACUUCAUCAGCCGCUACUAUGUGGAGUUCGACCGGAGGAACAACCGAAUCGGCUUUGCAAGGGCUGUCUGAGAGCAGAGGAACCUUCCCUCUAGAAUUAAAAUAAAACAACCCUCUCGCUGUCACAACCUCCUUCCUCUCUUAGAGCCUUCCCCUAAUGUGCUCGGAGCAGACCAUCUUAGUCCAUGUUUUCCCCUUAGAUUAAAUUGGAAUUGUGGCGCUACUGUCGUUAUAGCGUUGCUAAAUAACCAAACAAAACAACUGUGCUGAAAACAUCCCGUGGUAUUAGUCUUGUUGUCAUUAUCGUUCAAUACGUUGUUGCAGUAAAUUCUGUAUGCCAUGCCACUUUGUAGUCUUAUCUCGUUCUCUCACAGAAGCUGAGAGCUCACUGAAUUGGGCUCUUAGUAUACCUAUUAUAGAAUGCACUGCUAAGCUUUUUGAUUUUGCAGAGUCUUUUGUAAUACUUAUGUUGACAAUAAUUAAUAUACCUGCUCAAUUAGAAUAUUACAUUUCAGUGCUUUGCUAUGAAAACUAACAUGCUAACUUAUUUAAGUAUUAGUUAAAAAAAAAAAAAAAAGGUGAUUCCCAUAUUUAAUAAAUUGUUCAAUUAAAUUACUUAAAUGCUAUGAUAAUGGUGUGAAAACAAUCAGAAAGCUGGCUUCUUUUGCCCCUCUCUAUAUCACGUCCCCCGUUUAUCACUUCCUUUUCUUUCUCUUCUUGAUCCUGGUCUCUCUACAAUCUUUAUUCAAUUCAAGCUUCCCCACCCUAAUCUUAUCACAAGCCCAGUUCUGUCAAUGACUAUUAGAAUUAGAUACUUGUUUCUGACCAUUUUGUACCGUUUAAUUUAUUCAGAACGUAACGCUAAGUAUUACAUUGUCACUUAUUGAUAAAGCAAAUUAAAGAGGCUAGAUUUUCAAAGUGAUUUAUUUUCAUCUCGUCAGUAGUAUCAUUGUCUGUGUGUGUGUAUAUAUGUGUAUAUAAACAUUGUCAGAGCAUCACGAAAACUGCAAGGUACUUGGAGGAUGAUAUGUGAAGGAUAAUGUCUGUGACAGACACCCUGUAAGGCAGUGUUUUGCCACCAGGGGGUGGUUGAACAAUAUAUAAAGACAUAUGAGCAUAACAACAUAGGAAAAGUUUGGGAACAAGAAAAGGCCAUUUGGCCCUUCAAGGCUCGUCCCUUGCUAGCACACCAUACUCCCCUAUGGGGGGGGGGGGACUCAUUUAAAACCACAUCAUGUAGUCUUUUGUUAUGUUCCCAGUCUUUUAGAUCCCACUACUUCACCUGUUAGGCUAUGCUUUCAUAACUAAAAAAAAAAAAAGUACUUCCUGCUUUCUGUUCUAAACUUCCAUUUCUUGUUCUUCUCUCUGUGCUAAGUUUGAAGCAGUGUCUUGGGUUAAUUUGAUCGAUUGUAUAUAACAGCAAAUAAAAUUUUGAAACAGCACUUACACCCAGAUAUUUUCAGCAAACUUGCACUUGCACAAAGCUCAAUGGAGACUUGUUAUCUACACAGUUUCAACAUGGUCUCUAAUGCUGGGCUCAAUCUGAAAGCUCAGGGCUGUUCGUUCUUUGGUCACUUCUCAACAAAACCACACUAGCACAAUUUUAAUUCCAAACUGGCUUACCUGCAAAAAUGUAGAUCUACAGCUACGGCCAAAAGUUUUGCAUCACCUACAAUUU